CCAACUGAAAACUACCUACCACCCUUUUCCCACCAUUCUUUCUCCCUCUUUACUCUUUAGUCAAACAAAUUAGACGGAGAUUUUCAAGUUCACGCCUUUAUCACUCUAACCAGAAAACAAGAGAGACUAAAAUACUACCAAACUAAAAUUCAAUUCAAUUUCAUUCCUCUAAUUUAGAAAAUAUAUAUUAUUAUUUUGUCGGCUGCAGUAGUCUACCAAACUAUGUAAAAGCUUUUGCCUUUGAGCCAAUUUUUGGUCUUGUUCAUCUUCCUAUCUAACUCUCUUCCCUUAAACCACAAAUUUCCCUAAUUUUCCCCAAUUCUCUACACUUCAGAAUUUUCCCCCAAAUUUUAGGGUUUCUUUCUCUGCUAAGAAACCCUAAUCUUGUUGCUUUCUUCUAUUUCAAGGGAACUUCAGUCAAUUCAUCUUCGCUCCAGCAUGUCAAGUUUGGAGGAGCCCCUGGGUUUUGACAAAUUGCCAAGUAUGAGUACUAUUGAUAGGAUGCAGAGAUUUUCAUCUGGUGCUUGCAGGCCAAGAGAAGAUAACAUGGGUAUGGGUAACUGCUGGAUUGAAGGAAGAACUUGCAGCACAUCCAAUAGUUGCAGUGAAGAAUAUGAAGGGUCUGCAAGAGAGGCAUUUCCAUGGGUGAGACACACAAGAGACUUCUCGCAGGGCGACACUGUAAACUGGAGAACUUCGAGCUUAGGCAGGAAUCCCAAGAUUUUUGGAAAUGGUUGUGAUACAUGGUAUACUCCAGAUCAUCAAUAUAAUAGCAAGUAUAAUGACAAAGAAAAACAGGGUCUAUCAAACAAGCUUUUGAAAGGUAUUCCGAAGUUUGUGAAGAUUGUUGAAGUUGGUCCAAGGGAUGGACUUCAAAAUGAGAAGAAUAUCGUACCUACAGCUGUUAAGAUUGAAUUGAUUCACAGGCUAGUAUCUUCUGGCUUGCCUGUUGUUGAGGCUACAAGUUUUGUAUCACCAAAAUGGGUACCUCAGCUAGCAGAUGCUAAGGAUGUAAUGCAAGCAGUUCGCAAUUUGGAGGGUGCUAGAUUGCCUGUUUUGACACCUAACUUGAAAGGCUUUAAAGCUGCCAUGGAAGCUGGUGCGAAAGAAAUCGCAGUUUUUGCAUCAGCAUCUGAGUCAUUUUCGAUGUCAAACAUUAAUUGUAGCAUUGAAGAAAGUCUUGAUCGUUACCGUGUUGUUACUCGUGCUGCAAAAGAGCUCUCAGUUCCUGUUAGAGGGUAUGUGUCAUGUGUUCUCGGAUGUCCUGUAGAAGGAGAUAUUUCACCAUCAAGAGUUGCAUAUGUAGCAAAAGAACUUUAUGACAUGGGCUGCUUUGAAAUUUCUCUUGGUGACACAAUUGGAGUUGGAACACCUGGUUCUGUUGUUCCAAUGCUUGAGGCUGUCAUGGCUGUUGUUCCUGUUGAGAAGUUGGCUGUCCACUUUCAUGACACUUAUGGGCAAUCUCUGCCAAACAUUUUACUGUCCCUUCAAAUGGGAAUUAGCACUGUCGAUUCCUCCAUAUCGGGCUUAGGUGGCUGUCCUUAUGCUAAAGGAGCUUCGGGGAAUGUUGCCACCGAGGAUGUUGUAUACAUGCUCAAUGGACUUGGAGUGAAGACAAAUGUGGAUCUUCCGAAGCUCAUGAAGGCUGGGGAUUUCAUCAGCAAGCAGCUGAGUCGCCCAUCAGGUUCAAAGACUGCUAUUGCCUUGAGCCGAGUCACGGCUGAUGCCUCUAAAAUAUAAGAAAUUACAGCUAGAUUAAUACAUAUUGUUUAAUAGCGAUGAAAAAGAAAUAGCUCUAUAUUCUUCACCUGGACCACUGUCUCAUACUAAGAAUAAAUGAAAUACAUAUAUACUGUUCCAGUAAUUGUUUCAUUGGGGAACGAACCUUCCCUGGAAAUGUACGUGUACUUGAUUAAUUCCAUAUUAAGCAAAUACUGCUUAUUUGCAUUUAAUUAUUAAUUUUGAUGAUCAAAUGACUCAAAUGGGUACACACAAGUAAUGAAAGUGAUUCUUUACGUA